CAAUUCAAACUGUUCAAGAAGAAGCCAGCGGCGCCAUUGUCGUGCAGCAGUUAGCAGUGAACAUGUCCGGCAUGUCUUCAGCCCAGCAUCUCAGAGAGUUCAUCAGCSAGCGGCUGACUGCCGCCGCGGAGGAAAUCUUCUCGGUCUUCCAGAGAACCAUCGCCCAGUACGAGGAAGAGCUGGACCGCCAGCGCAGACUGCUGGACGGCGCCUGGAGACCGGAGGUUCGGCUGGACCGGACAGAACUAUCUCAGUAUCUCCUCMAGAAGCAAGAGCAGAUUCCUGCUGAGCUGCAGACCAGGAACCAGGAGAUGGAUCCCAACGUGGCCCAAAAAGAACCAGAAGGUUCUGAGGCAGAAGGGAACCAGGAAGMACCGGAAACUUUCCGGAUUAAAGAGGAACAAAAGGAACCAGAAGCUCCACAGGUUAAAAAGGAGCAUGAAGAGCUCUGCUCCAAUCUGGAGGAGGAGAACCUGGUUCUGAUGCCGACGGCUGGCUCCUCUCAUGAAGAAGGUUUGAACACUGAACCGGACCAGGACCAGAACCAGGACCAGCUUCAGCCUGACGGCGAACCAGAAAGACCAGAUCAGAGUGAAAACUGGACUAAAGACUCUGGAUCAUCUGGAAAUGCAGAACUGAAACUGAAAAAUAAUCAGAGCACAGCUGAUGAGAAGUCGUCUCUGAAAUGUGAUGUUUGUGGAAAAUUAUUCUCCAGAGCCUCUAAAUUACGGUCUCAUUCCAGAAUCCACACUGGAGAAAAACCGUUUUCCUGUAAAGUCUGCAAGAAAACAUUCCGAGAAAAGUAUAACAUGCUGAGCCACAUGAGGACGCACACGGACGAGAAACCGUUUUCCUGUAAAACCUGCGGCCGAARCUUCCGCUUUAGAAGCAGCUUCACGGUCCACAUGAGGACCCACACAAGGGAGAAGCCACACCACUGCCAGACCUGCGGGAAAAUGUUUCCCGAACUGCAAUCACUGAAGAAGCACAUGAUGAUCCACACCGGGGAGAAACCGCAUUCCUGUAGAACCUGCGACAGAGGCUUCAGCAGCCGCAGCCACCUGGUGCGCCACAUGCAGGUCCACUCUGCAGACCGGCCGUUCCAAUGUCAAACCUGCGGCAAAGGCUACGGCUGCAGAAGCCAUUUCCGCAGGCACAUGGUGAGCCACACGGGUGAGAGACCGUUCGCCUGCACCACGUGCGGCUUGCGCUUCAUGCACAGCAGCAACCUGACCCGGCACAUGAGGAACCACUCCGAAGACAGGCCGCACUUCUGCAAAACCUGCGGUAAGACGUUCCCCCUGUGGUCGGCGCUGUCCAAGCACAUGCUGGUCCACACGUGCGCCAGGCCUCACGCAUGCAACACGUGUGGCAAACGAUUCAGAAAGACGUCUGACCUGAGUCGCCACUUGAAGACUCACGUGGCUCCAAAGCGUCUGUAGGAAGGAACCAAUCGGUGAUCAGCUCCUGCUCCGGCUGCCGACCCGGUUCAGCUCAGCAGGUCUGCAUGCUGGACUUCAACUAAGAGUUUCACAGACAUUUUAUUUUGAAAGUCAGGAUUUCCUGGAUGUUCUUAUUAAAGACACGCUUCAUCGUUUUUCUACCGUUUGAAAUGAUAAAAAGUAGGAAAGUUACUGGUUUAAAACCUGGAAUCAAAGUAGUUUUUGUCAAAUAAGUAGGAAAUGAUUUUGUCUUAACUCUUAAUAUGAGCUCUCAGGUUUUAUAGGAAUGUUUGUUGUUCGGUUCAACUUUGUUUAAACAGUUUCUAAAUACUUGAGUCCAUCUAUCAUUUGGCUCAGGGAGAAUAUAUGAUGCAUAAAAGAUGAAUCUGUGUAGAUGGAUGUUGAUGCAUAGAUGAACAGUAAAGUUUAUUAGUAGAAUCUUGACUUGUUUCUCCCCAUUUUGACUUUUUACCUUCUGGAUGUUCAGGACUCCUGGAUCCUGCCAACAAACAUGAAGCGUUUCCCAUCUCAUUUUAUUAUCCUUUGGAACAUGAAUUAGCUAAUAAUUUUACACUAUUUUUGAAUUUUUCAUUUUGUUUUUAGUAGCUUCCCUUUAUAUUUCUUUUCCCCACAUUUUUAGUUAUGCUAUAUUAAUUCAAAAUCAUUUUUGACUUGCAUUUUUUUAUAUUCUGUAUUAAUUUAGUAUUUUACUUUUAAAUGUAUGGACUUUAUUUUUAUACAUUUAUAAUAUUUCCUCUUUUUCAUUUGCAGAUUUCUCUUUAUAGUUUGUUCUCGUUUGUUUUGGUGAUUCGGCUUCAGUCCGAUUGGUCAACAUCCAGCUCUGUGCUGGGAAUGAACAGGAAAAUAAAAUGGCCGACGUGAUGCUGCUAA